CUUUUUUUGUAUUCAUAAUAUACAUGAACUGGUUUCAACGUUUCAACACAGAACUCGAUGAACAAUUAAUAAACGAAGAAGCUUUGAGUAAUCCCGUUCUGGAUUCAUCUUUUGCAAACCAUUAUACCCCUAGAAUUGAAAAUACUGCUCGUAAAUUUGACCGUAAUAGCCUAAAGUACAUAUUGCUUUGGACACCAAAAAGUUCUAGUCCGUUCAACAAUUUUGGAACAGGACAAAUCGUAUUUAUUAGGAACAAGUGCGAGUUUAUAAAUUGUUAUGUGACUGCUGACAGACGAUAUUUCAAUGGAGAACUCACAAAAUUCGUCGCAAUAGCUUUUAAUGGCAGAGACUUGAGAUACGUAGAAGCAUCAGAGCUGCCCCAGCAAAGAUCACCUCAUCAAAAAUACAUCUUCUACAACGCAGAGUCUUCUACGAACCAACCGGUCUGCAACCCUUGGUGGGACAACUUUUUCAACUGGACAUCCACUUACAAGCUAAACUCUGAUGUAAUGUACUCGUAUAUUUAUAUAAGGGAUAUGAAUGGCGUACACGUUGGACCUAGAAUAGACAUGGACUGGGUUAAAGAUAUGAAAGAGAUUGACGACACGUUAAAAGAGAAGUUAAAGAGUAAGAAGAAGGCGGCAGCUUGGUUUGUAUCUCACUGCAUCACUAAAAGUAAGAGAGAGAAAUAUGUGAAAUCACUUCAGAAGGCGUUGGAACCUUAUGGGUUGACCGUAGACAUAUACGGACGUUGUGGUACGUUAGUUUGCCACCCGAAUGAGCAAAAGAAGUGUUGUGCUGUGGUAUCCUCUGAUUAUUACUUUUAUCUUUCCUUUGAGAAUGCCUUCGCGGAGGACUACGUGACAGAGAAGUUGCUGGCCGCGUUGAAUAAUGACGCAGUGCCGAUUGUGCUAGGAGGAACCAACUACACCAGGUUCCUCCCGCCCGGCUCCUAUAUCGACGCUCGCCACCACGAGCCAGAAUCCCUGGCCCACGUCAUGGCGGACAUCAUAGCCAACCCGAGAAAGUACCACGAGUUCUUCCGAUGGCAGAACCACUACAAGUACUCCGAGUCAGAACGAAAAGAGAACGUGUGCAACUUGUGCUCGGCGCUCAAUGAUAAGAAUAUGGUGACGAUGGAGUCAACAAUUGAAAAUACUGCUCGUAAAUUUGACCGUAAUAGCGUAAAGUACAUAUUGCUUUGGACACCAAAACAUUCUAGUCCGUUCAACAAUUAUGGAACAGGACAAAUCGUAUUUAUUAGGAACAAGUGUGAGUUUACAAAUUGUUAUGUCACUGCUGACAGACGAUAUUUCAAGGGAGACCUCACAAAAUUCGUCGCCAUAGCGUUUAAUGGAAGAAACUUGAGAUACGUAAAAGCAUCAGAGCUGCCCCAGCAAAGAUCGCCUCAUCAAAAAUACAUCUUCAUCAACGCAGAGUCUUCUACGAACCAACCGGUCUGCAACCCUUGGUUGGACAACUUUUUCAACUGGACAUCCACUUACAAGCUGCAGAACUCUGAUGUAAUGUACUCAUAUAUUUAUAUAAGGGAUAUGAAUGGCGUACACGUUGGACCUAGAAUAGACAUGGACUGGGUUAAAGAUAUGAAAGAAAUUGACGACACGUUUAAAGAGAAGUUAAAGAGUAAGAAGAAGGCGGCAGCUUGGUUUGUAUCUCACUGCAUCACUAGAAGUAAGAGAGAGAAAUAUGUGAAGUCACUUCAGAAGGCGUUGCAACCUUAUGGGUUGACCGUAGACAUAUACGGACAGUGUGGUACGUUAGUUUGCGGCUGGUAUGAGAAAAAUAAGUGUUGGGCUAUGGUAUCAUCUGAUUAUUACUUCUAUCUUUCCUUUGAGAAUUCCUUCGCGGAGGACUACGUGACAGAGAAGUUGCUGACCGCGUUGAAUAAUGACGCAGUGCCGAUAGUGCUAGGAGGAUCGAACUACACCAGGUUUGUCCCGCCCGGCUCCUACAUCGACGCCCGUCACUACGAGCCAGAAUCCCUGGCCCACGUCAUGGCGGACAUCAUAACCAACCCGAGCAAGUACCACGAGUUCUUUCGAUGGCGGAACCACUACAAGUACUCCUCACCACAAAAAGAAGUCAUGUGUAACUUGUGCUCAGCGCUGAAUGAUAAGAAUAUGGUGACGAUGGAGUCCACGUAUCCGCAUUUCAGGAGUUGGUGGAAUCCGGACUGGGAAGAGAGAUGUCAAGAUGACAGUUGGGAUACUUGA